UGGAAGAAGCAAGUGAUGUUUUGAAGAUUAGUCAAUUGGACGUGGCAUGAGGAAAAUACAGCACCCAAGCUUAGUCACGUUUUUAUAGUGUGAUCAGAUGGAGAGUGUGACAAAUGUCACCAUUUUAUACCUCAUGGUUGCCUAUAAAAAGAGGCUGAACUUCCACCAUUUCCCCAUCAUUUUGGAACGUGACCAAGAGAGAAAGAGAGAAGAAAAGAAACAAGAGAAAAGAAAGAAAAGAGAAAAGAAGAGAUAGAAAAAUAAGAAAAUAGUUUUAGAAAAUUAAGAGAAGAGCAAGAUCGCGGGAUUAUUGAUACGGAACUAAGACGAAUAUUUGGAGCAGAUAAAAAGGGUUUGGUUAGCUUCUGGAAUCUAAGAGUCAAGCCACAUCGGUUAAUCACUGUAACCAGUAGUAAAGACCAAAGCGCUCGCGGAACUGUAGGAGCUGGUGUAGAUUGGACAUCUUUUACUAAAGACUCGUUUCAAGAUAUAUGAAUGUUUUUUGGGAGAGACAGUCACCGUAAGCCAAGGUGUGCUAGAAGCGUAUUUCAACGAUCAAGAAAUGAUGAUUAUUCACAGGGUUCAUCUUGAAAUGGAAAGAGCUAAACUUGGUUUAGAAAAUCAACGCACUUACGAACUUGUCCACGACAAAGAAAUAAUAAUGAUACACGACGAUUCUGACUCAGAUGGUGAUGGAAUAGAAGCCUUGAGAUCCAACAAACUCUCCAUAUCUGUUUUCAACCCACCAGAUCUAGAAGCUGGUUUGUCAUCUAAUGAAGUCAACAUUCUUGACCAGACAAACGGAGGUGUGGCGUUCGAAUAUGAACAAUUUCCUCAACCCAACAUAUGCAACAAUUCACCGGAAGACUACUAUGUGGGAUUGCCUUUCGAAUUAACAAACGAAGAAAAUUACGUCCCAGUUCCGCAAAUGUCUCCUGUGAUCAAUGAUGGUAUUGAAUUUUGGGAAGGGGACAUAAGAGCUGAAGAUGAUAAUGAUGUUAAGGCGGAAGAAAAGGCUGAUGAAAUGAACCUUGAUCUCGAUAUCACAAUGUCUCAAACUUUUUCCCAGCUACAAUCAACUGCCAACACAUGCGUUAACGAUGCAGCUUUUUCCACAGACACAACUCCUAUUCUUGAUGAAGUCAACAAUGACAUUGAAAUUUCUGUGGUUGCUUCGGGGGAUCGUUCGCCCGUGUAUGAAAAUCCCGUACUCUCUCAAGGUACCAUUGCCGAUGACGUUUUGAUCUCCAUAGCCGAUAAAAUGCCUCAGAUUUCUGGAAGUGUUGAGCUCAUAUCCGCUCCUAAUAAUUUGUCAACGGUUGGGAUUAUUACAAACACUGCGUUUGCGUGUGACAAUCUCGUGAUCAAUCUAGAUGACACUUCUUCUGAUGAAUCCAUGGACUUUGGUGGGUUUUAGGUUACAUAUGCUAUGCUUCUAAGCUUUAAUAGUUAUUCGAAGGAGUCAAUCGGUUGUUUGGACUUAAGUAAUCUUAUUUUGGUGAUCGGUAUGCUUUUGUUGUUUUGUAAAAGGGGUUUAAAUAUAGAUCUAUGGUAAUGUGUAAACUCAAAUAGUAUGUUUAAUACUUUUUGUUGAUGUGAAAUGUUAUCGGAUAUGUUUUCUAAUAUUAUCAAUGUAAAAUAUCAUAUAAUA